CUGCGGCACACGAGCUGUAGCCGAUACCACAAUGCUGGCUAAGUAUUUGGUCAUUUUGCGCUGUUACAUUCGUGUUGAUAUUACGUUUAAUUCUAAGAUGCUUAGUACGAACAUACAACUCACAAGUAGAAAUGACUGGGAAAGUAGUCAUAGUGACGGGAGCUAACAGAGGGAUAGGCUUCCACACGGCGCAGGACCUGGCCCGCCGAGGAGCGCGCGUCGUCCUCGCCUGCAGGGACGAGGCCAGGGGCCCCCGCGCGAGAGACCAGAUCAUCACAGAAACGGGCAACUCCAACGUAGUUUAUAAACACCUCAACCUGUCUUCUUUAUCAUCAGUAAGAACAUUCUGCGAGGACAUACUCAAAUCUGAAGAAAGGCUGGACGUGCUAGUGAAUAACGCCGGGGCGUACGGCCUAGGCGGCCGGUACACGGACUACGGAAUCGUCGAAGUGAUGCAAGUGAAUUACUUUUCAAUUUUUAUGCUGACGGAUCUCCUGCUGCCCAUGAUCAAGGAGCGACGCGGGCGUGUCGUCAACGUGACCUCGCUUCUCCAGUAUAUCGGACACUUGAAUCUGGAUCACAUCAACGAGAAGGGAAGCGAACUGAUGACGUACGCGAACAGUAAGUUCUGCCUGAUGACGUUCACGGUGGAGCUGGCGCGGCGGCUGCGGGGCAGCGGGGCGGCGGCGCUGGCGGUGCACCCGGGGGUCGUCCGGACCGACCUCACGCGCUCCAGCAGCUCGCUGGUGUAG